UACUUUUCAACUGCAAUUUUUAACAAGUUCUUGUACCAAAGUGCGGGUUUGUGCUUAAAUAGUGUUUACAGUUAUAUUGAGCGUUUGUUUUAUGAAAUACGGCAAUGGCGGAGCUCAAGAAGUUAAAAAUUAUGCGCGGCCAAGUCAAGGCAUCUAUGACUCGCAUCGAGCAGUUUGUCAACAACCCCAAUAGUUUAAAUUCCGCCUCGUUGGAGUCCUUAGAGGCUCGUAAGGAAAAACUAGCCUCGUCCCUCAAAGAUUAUGAGGCAAUCCAACUUGAUAUAUUGAACCUUGAUGACAAGGACACAGAGGAUGCAGGUGACUUUGAGAACCGCUACUUUAGCACGAUAGCUAUGAUUAAUGAGACUCUCAGGUCUCUACGAGGGUCAGAUACGGUUCAAGCUGCUGGAGUUUCUUCUUCGAAGUUACCCCAUGUUGACAUACCAGUGUACAACGGAAGCCUCCGUCGAGGACCGCUUGGCUUUUGUGCAAGAGAAGAAGCUGUGUACAGUUUGUAUAAACUCUCACGCUGAUAAACCUUGUAAGUACAAGUUUAAAUGUAAAAUAUGUAAAGGUCAUCAUAAUACCCUUUUGCAUACUGAGGAUGAGUCAGAUGCCAAGCAAUCAGUGGCAGCAUCUAUUGUUUUGACAUGUGUCAAGAAAGCAUCUUAUAAAAAAGUAUUACCUACAGUAAAGGUUAAGAUAGUUGAUAAAUUUGGCCGGGAUGUUUAUUGCCGUGCAUUGCUUGACACCGCCUCAAGUGAAUCUUUUGCCACAACUUCUCUUGUAGAAAGGCUAGGUAUUGCCACUGAGGCAGAAUGUGUAAAUAUAAUUGGGGUCAAUAAACAGACCUCCACUAUGGAUAGGUCAGUAAUUAUUCCUGUGGAGUCUUGUCAAUAUGAAGAUGUUAAGUUUAAUGUUGACUGUCAUGUUGUUGAUGAUGUAACGGCA